AUGGUGUCCUGGAUUAUCUCUCGAGCUGUAGUGUGAGUAUCCUGACAAUCAGAUCAGUGUCAUGGCUUCCUUCAUAUGGGGGAGCAUUAACACACAGAGCCAUGCAGCUACACCUACAGAAUAAACCUUAUAUUGCCCCCAGUGUCAGUGCCCUCCUAAACCUUAUAUUGCCCCCAGUGUCAGUGCCCUCCUAAACCUUAUAUUGCCCCCAGUGUCAAUGCCCUCCUAAACCUUAUAUUGCCCCCAGUGUCAGUGCCCUCCUAAACCUUAUAUUGCCCCCAGUGUCAGUGCCCUCCUAAACCUUAUAUUGGCCCCCAGUGUCAGUGCCCUCCUAAACCUUAUAUUGCCCCCAGUGUCAAUGCCCUCCUAAACCUUAUAUUGCCCCCAGUGUCAAUGCCCUCCUAAACCUUAUAUUGCCCCCAGUGUCCCCUCCUAAACCUUAUAUUGCCCCCAGUGUCAGUGCCCUCCUAAACCUUAUAUUGCCCCCAGUGUCAGUGCCCUCCUAAACCUUAUAUUGCCCCCAGUGUCAGUGCCCUCCUAAACCUUAUAUUGCCCCCUGUCAAUGCCCUCCUAAACCUUAUAUUGCCCCCAGUGUCAAUGCCCUCCUAAACCUUAUAUUGCCCCCAGUGUCAAUGCCCUCCUAAACCUUAUAUUGCCCCCAGUGUCAGUGCCCUCCUAAACCUUAUAUUGCCCCCAGUGUCAGUGCCCUCCUAAACCUUAUAUUGCCCCCAGUGUCAGUGCCCUCCUAAACCUUAUAUUGCCCCCAGUGUCAGUGCCCUCCUAAACCUUAUAUUGCCCCCAGUGUCAGUGCCCACCUAAACCUUAUAUUGCCCCUCAGUGUCAAGGCCCUGCUAAACCUUAUAUUGCCCCUCAGUGUCAAGGUCCUGCUAAACCUUAUAUUGCCCCUCAGUGUCAAGGUCCUGCUAAACCUUAUAUUGCCCCUCAGUGUCAAGGCCCUGUUAAACCUUAUGUUGCCCCUCAGUGUCAAGGCCCUGUUAAACCUUAUGUUGCCCCUCAGUGUCAAGGCCCUGUUAAACCUUAUGUUGCCCCUCAGUGUCAAGGCCCUGUUAAACCUUAUGUUGCCCCUCAGUGUCAAGGCCCUGUUAAACCUUAUGUUGCCCCUCACUGUCAAGGUCCUGCUAAACCUUAUAUUGCCCCUCAGUGUCAGGGCGCUGCUUAACCCAAUAUGGCCCCUCAGUGUCAGGGCCCAACUUAACCCCAUAUUGCCCUUAUAGUUAGGGCCUGGCUAAACCCAUAUUGCCCCCAGUGUCAGGUCCUGGCUAAACCCUGUACUGCCACCAGUGACAUGUGCCGGCUAAACCUUAUACUACCCCCCACUGUCAAUGCCCUCUUAAAUCUAAUGCUGCCUCCAGUGUCAGGCCCUUGCUAAACCCCAUAUUGCCCCCAGUGUCAGGCCCUUGCUAAACCCCAUAUUGCCCCCAGUGUCGGGUACUGGCUAAAUCCUAUCCUGCCACCAGUGUCAUGUGCCGACUAAACCUUAUACUGCCCCCACUUUUAGGUCCCGGCUAAACCUUAUACUACCCCCUCCAUUGUCAGGGCCUGGCUAAACCCCAUUUACCCUUAGUGUCAGGUUAAGGGGGAAGGCGUUUGACUGGCACAUAGACAGUGGUGUAGUUUAGUAAGGCUUGUUCCAUAAAAGAGGAAUGUACCAGAGUUAUUACUGCGAAAUCACAGGUUUUAAUACAUUGUGUAUUUUGUUGAUACAUUGGUAGUUUAGUGUACAUUUGUUUAAAUUAGAAAUAUUUUUAUUAUGUGUGAAAGAUGAAAGACAUUGUAUACAGAAUAAAAUGAUUUGAAUCAGCGAGAGUGCUUGUAUUGUAAUGUAUUUCCAGAAUGUGUAUUUAUUUAAAUUAGUAUGACAUGUACCGUGCAUUAACCAUGUGAUAAGCAUUGCUACACGUUUCUGUAUUACCUGUAAAUAUCACCUGUACCGCCUGUCUGUCUGGUCUGUAAAUAUCACCUGUACCUCCUGGAUGUCCUGGUGAUGUCAUGCUAUGUCUCAUGUUGCACUACUAAGUUAGCAUUUGUAAGUACUGUGUGUCUGAGACUGGUGGCAGUCUCUUUGGCUGUAUAAACGUUUAAAUCUUUGUUGUGUGCUGGAGGACAUGUGCCUUUGUGGAUGUUUAUUGGUGUAUGUUGAGACCCUAGUUGGGUUUAAAUCAUGAGUGUCAAAUGCAGAAUAUCACCUCUCCCUUAAAUCUAAAUUUCCAAAUGUAUGUCCUUAGCAUCUGACAUAUAGGACUAUAGAACUUUUAUGGGUUUGCGUUUUCUUUUCUUUUUUUUUUCUUUUUUUUUCACAUUUGUUUCAAGCCUGCCUCUAUUUGGGCAUAAACAUUUGAUUGGAUAGCACACCCUCUGUGUUGGAUAAGCAAUUGCAAUGGGAUACUUGUUUGACUAGUGUCUGCAAGUUGUCAAGAGGCUCAUUUCUAUGUGAAUAGGUCUCCACAUCAAACGUUUUAUUGUCCAUAUAAUUGAUACACUGCAGUAGCAAUAAUAUAGUGUUAACAUAGAAUAUAGAGUGCAUUUUUCUUGUGUUUUAAUAAUUUAGCAUUUAUGGUGUACAGCUGGGUUGGGCAAAUACAGCAGUCCUGACUCUUAAUAUGUAACAAUUGCCCAAAAGCAAAAGUAUAAAGUUUAUAAUUAUUUUUUGUCACAGGCUUGUAUUCGGUUUGUUGUAUCCAGCAUAUUCAUCCUACAAAGCAGUUAAAACAAAGAAUGUGCGAGAAUAUGUGAGUAUAUUAUUAUUUUUAUUUUUGUACGUGUGUGCAAUGUAUGUCCAAUUAUAUGCAUGACUGAUUCCACCCGCCCUCUCCCCCCAUAUGUAUGCUUUUAUUUCUUCUUGAGAGGAAAUGUAUUUACUCUGCUAUAUGCCAGUAUCAGGCUUUGUUUUGUACUAUGUCCAUAUUCUCCUAGUUAUACCUGUAUUAAAGAGUAAAUGUCUCCUCUCUUCCAUAAUUGAAAAUCCCCUAUAACAUGUUAACGUUCUUUUUCCAUGAGAUGCUCUGGGUUCUUUUAAAUUUAUAUGAAAGAUUUGACAAAUUUUAUCAUAAUCCAUUUUAGACAAAGGCAAAGCCGGCACAACCAUUGCAGAUGAAGAGAAGAAACAUUUUAAAUUUUUCCUCCUCUUUGCAUCUAGCAGUCUGCAUAGUGAAAGUAUGCAAAGGACAGAGCUUAAAACAAUGAUUCACAGGGAGCUGCUGUGACGGAGGUUGCCCAGUUGCAUGACAAAAAUGUGUGGACUUUUAAUUUUAGUUUUCACAAUCUAAAAAUGCAUGUUUCUUAACGGGACAAUAAAACAACUUUAGCUUAAAGGGAAUCUAUAGUGCCCCCCUCCCUCCCUGUGGUGCAGAAAGUGUUAAAAAAAAAAAAAACCUUCUGUCACUCACUUCAGCAUGUCCAGCGCCAGGUGACCAAAAGUUAACCCUAGAUAGUAAUUAUUGCAGUUUCGCAAUAACUGCAAUAAUUACUGUUGCAGGAUUAAGGGACUUGGGAAUAUUACUAUCCUCCACAUAGAGUAUUACACAUAGCGUGCAGAAUAUACUAUCCUCCAGCUAGAGUAUUACACAUAGCGUGCAGAGUAUACUAUCCUCCAGCUAGAGUAUUACACAUAGCGUGCAGAAUAUACUAUCCUCCACAUAGAGUAUUACACAUAGUGUGCAGAAUAUACUAUCCUCCCCAUAGAGUUUUACACAUAGUGUGCAGAAUAUACUAUCCUCCAGCUAGAGUAUUACACAUAGCGUGCAGAGUAUACUAUCCUCCACACGGAGUAUUACACAUAGUGUGCAGAGUAUACUAUCCUCCCCAUAGAGUAUUACACAUAGCGUGCAGAGUAUACUAUCCUCCGCAUAGAGUAUUACACAUAGUGUGCAGAAUAUACUAUCCUCCCCAUAGAGUAUUACACAUAGUGUGCAGAAUAUACUAUCCUCCAGCUAGAGUAUUACACAUAGCGUGCUGAGUAUACUAUCCUCCACAUAGAGUAUUACACAUAGCGUGCUGAGUAAACUAUCCUCCACAUAGAGUAUUGCACAUAGCGUGCAGAGUAUACUAAAUGCAUCCAGACAACUUUAAUGAGCUAAAGUGGUCUGGGUGCCUAUAGUGUCCCUUUAAUGAAGCAGUUUAGGUGUAUAGAUCAUGCCCCUGCAGUAUCAUUGCUAAACUGCGUGAUAAAGCUGAAGUUGUAUUUGUGACUAUAUUGUCCCUUUAAAUAUAAGGUAAAUAUUACUCCCUAUAUCUCUCAUUUUUUUCUGACAAGUUUCCAUACUACAUCCUAUAUAGAUUAUGUUGUGUUAGUAUGCAGCAUUCACCUAAAGUAAUUUUCUUAUAUUGUGUCAGUGACAAGUAACCAUACUACACCCAUUAUUUUGUUCCUAUAUAAAAAUUGUAUCCAACCACUUAGAUCUGUCUGUCUAUUUAUAUCCUGUAAUUCAAUGUUUUAUGGGUGAAAAGCAUACAACAAACCAUAAAAACCUAAAACACUGGAGUUCUGUGUAAAUGAGAGUGAGAGACAUGAGAUACAUCAGACAGUAGGAUGCAUGUGGGAGAAAAGAAACAGAAAAAGAAAGUGGGGAAGGGGUUACCAGGGGGGAAUAGAGGACAAGUGUUCCCCCUCUUCUGGUGUAUGUCUAUGCGCUAGGUCUCAGUUUUGUAAAACUCGGUCGUGGUUCCUUGCAAGGAGGUUGUCAUUGUGACUCUGGUCAGUAUAUGAAAACCUUUAUUCAGAAUUUUGUGGUGGGAAUGUAGGGCAACUUUGCAAUGAUUAAUGAUCCACAAUGUGCUUGCCAUGCAUUUCUUGAAUGUGCUUGUUUUUUUGACUGCAUUGGAGAGGUCUUUUAUAUGAUGGAGGUGGGGAAGUAAGGAAGAUAAAGCGUUAUACUCCAUAACGUAUCUAAGGGCUGCACCAUUUUCUCCAAAACCUCAUUUAAGCAACUAUGGGGCAGGUGCAACAUGUUUGUGUAUAUAGUAACUGUAGCGGACCACGGGUAACCCGACCGGUUACCUCCGCUAAUUCCCUUCCUUCAGCUGGUCAGGAACCGUUUCAGAAUAUCAAGAGACCUAUUUCCAGCCAGUGACUGGAAGACACAUAGUUCCGGGGGUACAACACAAUUUUAUUGGCCACACACAGCUUUUAUGCAUGUCCCCGUGCAAGGGGUCUUCAUCUCAAGUCAACAGGGGGUCAUAUCCCAGGAGCCUUUGUACCUGGGAGCCAAAGCGCGGUAACGGAGACAUUGUCCCCAUGUCUCCCAGGUACAGAAAGCCCGCCACACAUACAAGAGGUAUCUCACCUCAACGGACAGGGGUCUUCAUCCCAUGAUCUUCUGUGUCUGGAAGCCAAGGCGCAGGAAAAUAAACUGUCCCUUUGUCUCCCAGGCACAGAAAAGCCUGCCAAAGUAGCCAGUGCCCCAAAAGUGUCCCCACCAGGGCACCUUCCCCGACCACUUUCCGUUCGCAAGGCUCCGGUGCUGAAACGUGCAAGGGAAGCAUAUCCUUCCGGGGUACGAAUGCUCCCCCUGGUUGGUGUUCAUCUAUACAAAAGGCUGGCCACCCAGGGGAGCACUCAUUAAUUACUUCCCUUGCAGUUUCACACUAUGUUGUGAGUGCGAAUGUUCUGAUUAAUUGGUGGGAACGUUCCAAUGGGGCACCGGGGAGGUCCUCGUUCGGGAGAUGAACGAGUCUUGAAACAAUCCACGAAGGCUCCCCCUGGCCGUCGUUCGCGGUACGAAUGGUGGCCACCCAAGGGGGCCCUCAUUAAUUGUUUCUCUUGCGGUUUCAAACUUCUGUUGCGAGGUGUGAACGUUCUAACCUAGAGUUCUAAAUGGGGUACGAGGUUGAUCCCCGUUCAGGAGACUAAUGGAUUCCCUUCGUGGGAGCACUCCCGAACAGGGAGCGAGCACAAUACACGAAAAUACAGGGAAACACAUAUAUUAGAAAAAGGAGAUCCACGAACAGGCAGCAUUUCUGCCACAGUAACCCUAUAUGCCACAGAAGUAUAACGGAGAAUGGCACAAAUAGAUGUUAUGAAGUUUUAGUAGGCGUUAAAGUGUAUCUGUCACUUUGCAAAAUAUGCAAAGACCCCUAAAACUGACAGAUCCAAUGUUAGUCCAGUGGCUAUGGGGUGCAGGGGAGGUAGGUUUUACCUUGGGCUGCUGCUCGCAUCCGCUGCCAUCUUUGCUCUGCUGUUGCCAGGAUUCUGGUCAUUACUGUAAACCUCUAAAAAAGGUCUGGUGCCACUGAAGGCGGGGUCUCCAAACUUUGAUCAUCCCCCAGAAAAUGUUUCAACAUCCCUUUGCCUAGAGAAGAAAAGCCACCACAACUCUGACUAGGAAAUGUGUUCUUUUGUAAAACAACUAAGAGGUCAAUGGUCAGUUGGUUCAGUGGUAAAAAAUUACUGGAUGCAGUAGUGCAAAAGCUGGUCGACUUACGCUCAAAAAUAUUCUACACGGUAUUGACUUGGGGAGAAGCAUUUAACAAUUCUCAAUUAUUUAUAUAUUUCGUUUUACAAUAAAGACAGCAACCUGCCAAAAUUCAGACAAGUGAAUUGCACUUAACUAACGUAGGUUUUGUCUCAGUUACAAUAAACUAAACUUAAGUUUGUAAACCAAAAACAGUUCUUCUAUUGGUAUCUGUGUGAAAGUUUUAUUCUGUUACCAGAAAUAUGCUUAUCGCUUAUAAUUGAAUGUCACCCUUAAUGGAGGGUUACGAAAAAUAAGUGUGUGUGUGUCCUAUGGAACACUUGUUCAUGUGUUUAUCAUUUUAACCUGUAUCCAUUUUUUCUCUCUGUUUUCCCACUCAGGUGCGUUGGAUGAUGUACUGGAUCGUAUUCUCUCUCUUCAUGACUGUAGAAACCUUUACAGACAUCUUUGUAUCAUGGUGAUUCUCCAAUUACGUUGUCAUCACUUGUCUAUUUCACACUUGCAUCUUAUCCACUAUAUAUUAUUUUUUUUACCUUCUGACUCCCUAUUCUGUACAAUCUUUAAAAGGGCACAGUAUAUUGGUUCUGAGGCAUAUAGUCUGUCCCUGCAGGUCAGCAGUAUAAACUGCUGUCUAAGUCCACCUCUAGUGGCUGCCAAUUUGACGAGGUUCUGCAGUGUUUGCGGGACCUACGUUCAGCAUCUUCAUGCAAAGGGUUGAGAUGCUGAACACUCCCCAUGGAGAUGUAUUGACACUUUGAGGAAUGCUGAUUGGGGCAGUGCAUGGAUUUGCUAUGUAUGCACACUUUCCUAAUCCUUUUGUGGAAGAAUUAAAUUGUCUGGAGACGGGAUCAACAGCAUGGGAACUGGCAGCAUAGUGACCAGCACAGCAAGGAUAAAAUUGAAAGGAACACAAUAGGGUCAGGAACACUUGUAUUCCUGACCCUAUGUUGUUAAAACCACCAUUUCGGUGACUUCCCCCCUUGCCCUGACCCCGAUCCACCUCCUUGGCUGAUGAUCUCAGCCAAUCCAGUGCUUUCACAUAGGAAAAGCAUUCGAUUGGCUGAGAUUGUCAAGUGGCAGGGCCAAAUGCAGGCCUGGCCAAUCAACAUAUCCUCAUAGAGAUGCAACUGAAUCAAUGCAUCCCUAUGUCCAAAGUUCAGCCUCUCCAUGCAGAACAUGGAGACGCUGAACGUCAAUGCUGCACACCGUGCACCCAGGAACCUAUGUGUCCCUAGGAAAUAAUAUAAACCCUGCCCUUUUCUUUGAAAAGGCAGUGUUAACAGCAAAAACCCUCCAGGGGCUGACUAUGCUCACCAGAACAACUACAAAAAGUUGUAGUUGUUCUGGUGGAUAUAGUGUCCCAUUAUGUAAAAAAAAAUUAUAUUUUUUUUAAGGGAUCCUAUAGUGUCAGGAAAAUAAACCUGUUUUCAUGGCACUGUAGGUCUAUGCAGUGCCCCCCUUCCUGCGGGGCUGAAGGGAUUAAAACACCUUCAACCACUUACCUGAAUCCAGCGCCUAUGUCCCUCGGCGCUGGGUCAGGCUCUGCCCACACUCCUCCCGGAUCGAUGUUAGACCAUGUGGGGGUCUAAUGCGCGCAGCAAUCCGCACGCAUUAGGCCUCCCAAUAGGAAAGCAUUAUUCAAUGCUUCCCUAUGGAGAAAAUAUGACGCUGGAGGUCCGUGAGGACGUCCAGCGUCAGAUAUCGGACCAAAGGUCCGUUUGGAUUCCGGAAGCACCCCCAGUGGCUGUCUGGUAGACAGCCACUGAGGGCAGACUUAGAGCUGCAAUGUUUUACAUUGCAGCACUAAGUGCAAUAGGGAGACAGCACCCAGACCACUUCAAUGUACUGAAGUGGUCUGGGUGCCUACAGUGUCCCUUUAACAGGGAAGCCCAAUAAUCUGCUGAGGAAAAGACUAUAGUGUUACAAAUACAUAUUUGUAUUACUAACGCAAUAGUGUUCCUUUAAAUGCAUACAAUCAUGUAUUCCUGACCCUAAAGUGUUUAAAACACUAUUCAGGUGUCUUGCUUCCCUUAAAAAGUGUUACAAUUUACAUUUAUUCAAGUGCCAAGUGGAUCUGCUAGAGCUGGCCCCGUCCCUGAUUUCCCUCCUUGGCUGACAUGGUCAAUUCUGAUGAUUUCAGCCAACAAGUUGUGGCAGGGUGUAGAGCCAAAAGUUGCAUUGGCCAAUCCACAUCUUCGCGUUCAGUGUCUCCAUGCAGAGAGUCUGAGUGACUGCCACUGGAGGUGUUACUAGGCAGCACUGUAUACACUUUUCUCUGAAGCCAGCAGGGACAUACUGUACUCACUAGAACUACAUUACACUAGUUGUUCUGGUGACUAUAGUGUUAAGUUAUCAUUGCUGCUUUUCCAGAUACAUUUUGCCUUUGCCUUCACUCUAUUCUUUAGAUUAAUUAUUUAAAUUAUUUAGAUUAUUCUUUAGAUAAAUAAUAUCAUGAAGCAUUUUUAAAGUGCUACAAGUUAGUUCACUAAACACUAAAGUUUGAAUUGAAAACAGAUUUGUAUAAAUAUCGUAUGUGGCUAUAGCAUAUGUAAUUCAGUGUUCAGUUAGUUACAUUUGAGUGUUUAAUGAAUAAACCUCUACAUUAUAUCUCACAGUUUAGGAUUCCCAAUUUUUUGUGAUCAUAUCUCAUAUGUUGUAUUUGUCCUAAGUAUCCUUUGUUCCGUCUAACGCACAUAUCUAGAACAUAAACUAUAUUUUGCUUUCCUUUUUCUGGGACACUGUUUGUUUUGCACUUUCUUACAUCCGCUCUCUUUUUUUCUAGGUUUCCUUUUUACUAUGAAAUUAAGAUGGCGUUUGUGAUCUGGCUUCUGUCUCCUUAUACACGGGGAGCAAGCUUGCUGUACAGGAAAUGUGUGCAUCCUGCCUUAUCAAUGAGGGAAAAGGUACACACAGUAUAUAUUUUGUGUAAAAGGGCAAAAAGAUUCAUAGUGGGAAGAUCAGAUUUAAACCUGCUAUGUCACAUGACUUGAACUUUAGAACGUGAACUGAGGAAGAUUAGCUGAGAACAGUUCUAUUCCCAUUUGUGUCUGUAGAUUUUACAGCGAAAGCAUUGGGCUUGCUAUGUGUAGAAUUCCAUUUAUGGGGCGUUGAACAUUGUGGUUACAUUUAUGUCUGUUUUAAGCUAUUUUUCCUCUCCAAGGUUCAAUUAAAUGCUCUCAAAGAGCAUUUGAGCAUACCUAUCAUCAGGCACGAUUAUGCCCGAGCAGGAGGGAAUACAUGGAAGGCAGGAAGUGAGCUCACCAAAAGAGAUGGGGAACAUAAAAACUAUCCUUUGCAGGCACGCACACAGCACUGUCUACAAACUUAGAAGUUGAUUACAUGUGUUGUCAGCGCAAACUGAUGUUAUUUGCACAUGGACAUCCAGCGUCACCCAAAACCCCAUAGGAAAGAAUUAUACAAGUCCUAAUGCGAGCGUGGCCCUCACCGCACAUGAGCAUUAAUUCCCCCCGAAGAAAGCACAAUAAACUGUAACAAAAAUAUCAAUAUUAAGGAGUUUAUGAAAUUGAAACUUCUCUGGCACUUAGAGAAUUAAGUUGAAAUAUUUUCAUGCAGCCAGAAGCUGUGUAACAAGAUAUUUAGAGGUAAUUUAAGUAAAUCGAAUAUGGUUCUAGCAUUUUUCUCAAUGUUCUUUCCAUUUUUUUAGCACAUUUAGCACAUUAGCAAAGCACAUUUACAGUGCAGUGAUUGAGUGAAUUGUCUGUACACAGGUUAUACUGUUUUUUUAUACCUGUAUUUUUGAACCAGUAUUGCUUUACAGAUUCUCUCCCCUCCUGUUCAUUUCUAUUAACACAUAUAGGCAGCCUUGUGGCUCUGUACAUUACAUGCAGCUGUCCCCUCAGGCAUGGAUUCCACCAGCUGCACUGACUUGUUUUUCUGUUGUGUGUGUGUGUGGUGUUUUUUUUUUUUCUGCAGGCAGCAAGAACAGCUGCAGAUAAGGUGUCUGUUAACUGUUCGUUAGCCACAGACGUUCUCUCUUGAAGGGAUACUAUAGUCACCAAAACGACUACAGUUUAAUAUAGUGGCAUGAUCUUGCUGUCUUUUCAGAGAAAAGGCAGUGUUUAUAUUGCUGCUUAGUAACACCUCUAGGGGCAGUCACUCAGAUGGCCAUUAGAGAUGCUUCCUAUCUUAGUGUUGCACAGUGUGCAGCAACUACAUUCAGCGUCUCCUCGUUUUGCAUGGAGACGCUGAAAGCUCCCCUUAGAGAUGCAUUGAUUCAGUGCAUCUCUAUAAGGAGAUGUUGAUUGGCGUAGCGUUUUGCCAAGCAUGCGCAAUAGCCUCAAAAUGCCUUCCUAUGGGAAAGCAUUACGUAUUUGAGAUUAUCAAGCUUGAUCUCAGCCAUGUAGGCAGAGCCAGCAAUGGCGAGACCAGCGCAUCGACGGAGACAGGCUAAAUAAACUCGCCUUUAAAUUCCAUAGAAAGGGGGGCCAGGAUCUAAUUAUCUGUUCCAGCAGUAUUCUUGAUAUUAUAGUGUUCCUUUAAAUAUAUGUAAUGUCUUGACAUACAUCUUCUCUUAAUUCCUCCUGAUUUUCCUAGGAAAUAGAUUCCUAUAUUGUGCAAGCAAAGGAGCGAAGUUAUGAGUCCGUAGUGAGCAUUGGACGCAAAGGCCUGAACAUUGCAGCCACUGCUGCGGUACAAGCAGCUACAAAGGUACUUUUUUUUAAUGCCACCCACUGCUUGUCAGAGAUCAUGGGAGAGAGUUCUGUUUUCUACUGUCUAUGGAUUAGAGCUUUUUCUACAUUAAGGAUGUGUCUUGGGCUGGAUUUCUUGUAUUUGGAAAUUGUCAAUUUGGUGCAAUGUAAUAUGACAGGAAAGUUUGAUUGUUCUACCCCACAUACUUCUUUAAUAGUCAGGAGAAUGUCUUGCCUGAAAGAUUGAAGACUUAGGCAUUUGAGCCAGAUAUUUACAAAAGUAUAGGAGUGGCAUUUCAAACAUUAAGUGGUGAAGUUUGGGAAGGCGGAAUAAAGCUUGGCAGAGGUUUGAUAGCAUCUUGUCAACUGACUCCUGAAACUUGAAAGUGAUAGAGAAAUGGCAUUUUGAGAACACUGCACACAGGUAAAUUAUAUGAAUUAAAUUUAUGCAAAUAAGCUGGCUGUUAGACCCUUUCAUGUUUACUUGAAUGGCGAUGGGCAUAUAUGAUAAACUGAGAGUGUCACUUGAGUUCAUCAGUCUGUAUGUGCAGGGAUAGGCUGAGAAUGCUGACGUGAUGCUCUCUGUCUAACAUUGCCCUUAAUGGCUGCCCAGGUUAACAAGAAAUGUUUUUUCUGAGUGGAAGUAGUGAGGAGGUAAGUAAACAGUUUACCAGUGAACCUAGGAAUGGCACCAAGCCACUCCAGCCAUCAUAACCAUUUGGAUGAGAUAAGGUGGUUAUGGUGCACAGAGUGUUCCUUUAAGCUGAUAAGAGUGAAUUUGGGGCAUGUUUUCUGUGGUAUACAUAACUAAUGGAUAUGCUUUCCCAACAGAGUCAAGGAGCACUAGUGGGACGACUCCGCAGUUUCAGUAUGCAGGAUUUACGGGCACUUCCUGAUGAUGCCCCUGUACACUACAGAGAUCCCUUGUAUCCAGAUGAUUCUGAUUUGCACCGCCGACCAAUUGGUAAUUCGUUUUUGGGGAAGAGAGAGAUCAAAAUGAGGGAUAGGCCAAGAGUAACUCAUUCAAUCAAUGAUUUGUUUAAAAUUCACAGUUUCUGAUUUAGAUUUUUUUUAAAUGUAUUUAGUCAUUUAUGUUUAUGGCAUGUUAAACCAAUUAAAACAAGACAUGCUUUGACCAAACUAUGAAACUUUAACUCUGAAAGGACAGAGCCAAUUGUCAAAGUUUUGAACCAAAACAAAACCAAUAAUUUGCUCUGGUUUGUUCCACCAUAAUUUAAGGGUUUCUCUUUUAGUGCCGAUAUAUAUAUUGUAAAUAUAUCGAUUUUUUUUUUUAAAGGGCUCUCUUUUAAUAUUCUAUAUGUGUCCCUAACACAACAUUUAAGUGUGAAUAAAUUGUUAAAAAUGAAGGGGGUGAGGGGUAAAAUCUUUUUCACCGUUUUACACAUCCAGUGCAACUAAAUAAAAAGCUAAAAAUAGAUUUACAUAUCAGUCAUGAUGGUUAAAUGCCUAUAAUGUCUAAGAUAUAAAUUCAUUUUUGGUAGUCAAGGCUAAACCUAUACCAGCCAGCCCCUCAACACUAUAUUAACUAUGCCACUUAUUCUAUGCUUACACUACCAAUAAUCAUGUACUUUACCUUAAACCCUACACUAUCCCUAACCCUAAAACAGCGUUAACAAAAGCCAAGCAUUGCCCUUUUCCCUAACACUACCCCAAGCACUAGGGAAACUCUCUGCUAAUAUCCAUACCAAUAUCAGCAGGUGGGUUUCCUAGUUAAAACAGUAGAGUGGUAUGUGGUCGUACUCCCUUUUUUCAGUAUUAUAGGAACAUUUUCCUGUAAUAGAGCAUGCUCCAAUCACAGCCAGAUGAAGGGAGACCCUGUUAAUUUCUGUCCAGACCUUGGGGGUCUCCCUUCAGCAGCCUGCAGCCGUAGAAUCACAGCAAUCGCUUAGCCGCGGGGUUUCUUAAUUAUAUAAAAGGCUGUAUGCAGAGUUGACUUUCAGUACUGUUUGUGGCUCAUUGGUCAGUCUGGGGGCAUCACUAAAUGGCCACAGGUGACAGAGGGGAGCCCCAGGUAUCCAUUGAUGCCUGGGUCUUCCUGGUGUGAUUAUCAAUUUAGCCUUGCUUCCACUCAAUUACACCAAAAUGACUUUAAAUGCCAAAGAGCUGUGUGCCCCGCUCAAUUUAAGCACUGCAUAAAACUCAUCUGCACUCUGGGGCUACCAAAACGUGCCACAGGUAUUGAUUGACACCUGGAACUCCUUGGUGUACACAGCGAUUUAACCCUGCUCACACCAAAAUGUUAGGCUUUAAAUCCCAGUAUAAUUAAAACAUGAUGACAAGUCCUAGCAUUGGGAAAGUGUUAAAGUAAUAAACAUUGAUGUUUAAUAACAAUGUAUGGGUGUGGCUAUAUUAAACUAUGUCUUCUAAACCCCUUUAGCUUACCCUCCACCUUCCCAGAAUGACAGUGAUUCCAUGGAUGAACGGUGGUCAGACUCAGAGGUGCCAGAUUCAAGGAGUGCAGCAAGGACACGAGGGAAUCUCCCUUCAAAACCUCUCCAGAGGAGUCAGAGUUUAAAAGUGAACAAGAAAAAGGUGCUAACGCGAGAGGUGAGGAAUACAGAGAGUCAAAAAAAUUGCUCUACAGACUUCCAAUUCUACUAUACUAUUUAAUUAAAAUGUUGCAUCCGAGUUCAGUGUAUAAGCAGAUUUCCAUACUAGACUUGCCCUAGGGUAAUUAAUAAGAUCCAUAUCCCAUACAAGCCUUUCAGGGCUUAAAAGGCUGGUGUGUGCAUAGCAUACGCACCAGGGAUGAAUUUGUACUUACCAAUAGGCUAGGGACAAGUGUAUGUUUUGAGCACUACUUUAUAGCCUUGUUUUUAGAACUACUGCUUUUUAGAACAAGUGCUUCAAAUGAGAAUGGCAUGUAGUGUGAGUGCAUUAUGAUAAAAUCUAAAUAGUAAAAAUAGCAAAUAUGUAUAAAAAUAGAGUAAUCUAUUUAUGAAACAAUCAUAAAAAUCAACUGCAUUAUGCAAACGGAAAACAGUUAUUACAAGUCUCCUGUCAAUAUGUUUGCCCAGAACACACAGGUACCCAGAAGAACAGUCAGAAGGAAUUUAUUCCCUAUAUACUUUUUUUCUUAAAGGGACACUACAGUCACCAGAACAACUACACCUUAUUGUAUUUGUUCUGGUGAGUAUAAUCGGUCCCUUCAGGCUUUUUGCAUUAAACACUGUCUUUUCACAGAAAUGCAGUGUUUACAUUACAGCCUAGGGAUACCUCCACUUGCCACUCCUCAGAUGUCUACUAGAGGUGCCUCCUAGGGCAGUGCUGCACAGUGGAGACACUGAACUCCCUCAUAGAGAUGCAUUGAUUCAUUGCAUCUCUAUGAGGAAAUGCUGAUUGGCCAGAGCUGGUUGUGCUUGCUCUGCCCCUCAUUUGCUUCCUUGACUCUCAGCCAAUCCAAUGCUUUGAUAUGGGUAAGCAUUGUGAUUGGCUCAAGUUAUAACUUCUGAUGAUGUCAGCCAUGGAGGCAGACCAAGAACAGAGCCAGAUUGGAAUAAAAGUAAGAUUUUACUAUAUUUUGUGGAGGUCAAGGGGGCUAGAUGGUGUUUCUAACACUAUAGGGUCAGGAAGAAAUGAUUGUGUUCCUGACCCUAUAGUGUUCCUUUAAAUUAAUCUCCAGGUACAAGCUGGUGUUAUGGCUGAAUGCCUUUCUCAAAAAUUGUCACUUAUUGUUUUGAUUUUUGUGUUACUGACUCUUAAUGAAAAAAUGCAUGUGUUUGGGUUGAAAAUAUAAAGAUUCCAGUAGUUGUGUUUUCUUUAUCUGAAUUGUAUUUCCGUUUGUUUAAUUUAAAAUUUUCCUUCAUAUAUUUUGUUGCAAUUUUUUUUUUUUUUUUUUUAAUAUUUUUAAUUUGCCAUUGAUUUCUGCCUUUAUGAGCAUGAUAAUGUGAAACAUUAGUUUGCAUACUACUGAAAGACUGUCUGUAGGGAACUAGAGCCAAAAUGAGACCUGCUUGGUAAGGGACUGGUGACCAUGUUAGGUAACCACUUAAGCUUAAAAUAGCAGGAUCCUGCCAGGAUCUGAAGUCUGGGGGACUGCUGCAGGUAUUAAUUAAUAGAUAAAAGUAUCUGUCUAUGAAGAAGUGGGAUAUUAGUGGUUAAAUAUUAACACUCCGAUACACUGGCUUACUGUGGUGUAUGCUUGCAAAUAUAUUUGGAGGGUAUGUUAGCAAUAUUUAUAUAUUUGCAGUGUUAAUUAUGUUGUUAAAAGGACAGGAGUAGUUCAUGUUGGAAUGUGUGUUAUGAGGCAUAUGUUAUUGAGAAGACUGUCAGCAGCAAGAAACUGACAGAACUUGCAUUUUGAAAAUAUACACAUUUGAAAGUAAGGAAGUAAUACAUAAUGUGCCUCUGUUGGAGAAUCCAUAAAGGUGGUAUCAUUGAUAGGACUCACCAUAUAACAUAUUGGGUUUAUAUAUUCGAUCUAGCAGGUGUUGCAGCAUUCUCGUCAGUUUACCUGCUGAUCUCUGUUUUUCUGCCAUUUGCCUGUAUCCUAUAUAAAGUAUAUUAUUACAUUAAUAUUUCUCUGCUAAUAUCUUGUUAGUAAUUGAUUUUUAUUUUAUCCAGGGCUCCAUCAGAACUGCUAAACCCAGAGCAAAGAAGAAGCCUACCGCACAGUUAGAUCCUGAGAACUAG